AUGUCAGCUUUACAGAAGACCAUUAUGAAAAACAAAUUACCUCCUAAAGUGCCGCGAACCUCAGGAGAAUCCAAACUCGCACCGUUUAGUGGAGGGCGUCGUAAAGACUAUACACCGGUGUCAUGGAAGAAUUACUUUGAGAAAUAUGUUGACGUCGAAACAGAGGAGGGUGUGUUCAGGGUCUACUUAUCUCCUGAACCAGAUCAUCCUCAGAGGCCAAGAAUCGUUACAUUACAUGGUGGAGGUUAUUCUGGACUGAGUUGGGCUUUAUUCACAGAAGAAAUAACAUCUAUGAUACACUGCCAGGUGGUGGCAAUAGAUAUCAGAGGUCACGGAGAGACAAAGGCUAAAGAUUCUGAAGAUCUUAGUAUUGAUACUCUUGUUAAGGAUGUAGAGCAAGUACUACACAAACUGUUUGCACAGGAGAUACCCCCAAUAAUCCUUCUUGGUCACUCCAUGGGAGGUGCGAUAGCAGUGCGUGCAGCACAUUCACCUGUGCUCGAGCCCUUUGUGCAGGGUGUGGCUGUUAUUGAUGUAGUGGAAGGUACGGCGAUGGAGGCUCUGACAAGCAUGCAGAGCUUCCUGCGCAGCCGCCCCACUCACUUCAAGAGCAUCGAGCACGCCAUCGAGUGGUGUGUGAGGAGUGGACAAGUGCGGAAUGUGGCCUCCGCCAGAGUGUCUAUGCCCAGUCAGAUUGUUAACGUUGCGACGGGGCAGCUUGCUACCAACGAGGUGGAAGAUUACCAGAGCGAUGGUGACGCGCCCCCCGCGCCCCGCGCGCCCCGCGCCCUGCAGCCCGGCGCCAUCGUGGAGGAGGGGGAAGGGGAGGAGGAUGGGGAGGGCAACGGGGAGGGAGAUGUUGAGGGGGACGUUUCAUUCACGAAGCCGGCCAUCGUGGAGGGGGAGAAUAUGAAGUACGCGUGGCGCGUGGCGCUGACGCGGUCGGAGGCGCACUGGGCGGGCUGGUUCCGCGGGCUGUCGGCCGCCUUCCUGUGCGCGCGCGCGCCGCGCCUGCUGCUGCUGGCGCAGCUGGACGGCCUCGACCGGGACCUCACCGUGGGGCAGAUGCAGGGCAAGUUCCAGAUGCAGGUGCUGACGCGCUGCGGACACGCCGUGCACGAGGAUUCGCCCGCGGAGGUGGCGCGCGUGCUGGCGUCCUUCGCGCUGCGGCACCGCCUCACUGUCAGCACCGACACCGACGAGCACUACCUG